AUGGGGGAUGAGACGGAGGUGCUGCAAUCGGUGAGCGACCUCCCCGUACAGGACCCUCCCGGGGAGGAGUUCUCCGCUGCCGACCUCAGGUGGGCCAAGCACCACUGCGACGAUGUCGCGCUCGUCCCCUACGACCGGAUGGAGGCCUUCAUCAGCGGCGAGCGCCACAACCCCGAGUACCCCACGAGGUUCCACAUCGAGCGCGGCGGCAAGAGCGAGAAUUACAUAAUGUACGCGUAUUGGUGCUCGUUUGGCCCAGAGAAUUACGGCGAGGGGUGGGAGAUCUUGCCUAGCAGGAAGUUCAGGCUUAACUCAAGAAACCGUGCGGCUCGCCCGCAGUCGAUGCGAGGCUGCACGUGCCAUUUCACGAUCAAGCGGUCACACGCCCGGCCCUCGGUUGCGCUCAUCAUCUACCAUGAGAGGCGCCACAUCAACAAGUCUGGUUUCGUAUGCCAUGGACCCCUGGACCGGGAUGCCAUCGGGCCUGGUGCAAGCAAAGUGCCGUAUGUCGGGAGCGAGAUUCGGCAGCAGACCAUGUCGUUGAUCUAUCUUGGUGUCCCCGAGGAGUACAUCUUGCAAACUCAUAUAGAAGGGAUACGACGCUACUCUGGCUCCGACGCAAGGGCCAAUAGCAUUGCUUCACAGUAUGUCCACAAGCUUGGGAUGAUCAUCAAAAGGUCUACACAUGAGUUGGAUCUCGAUGACCAAGCUAGCGUCAGGAUGUGGGCAGAUAGGAAUAAGAAGUAUGUGUUUUUCCGCCAGGACGCCACCGAGACAGAUGCAUUCGUACUAGGGAUACAAACUGAAUGGCAACUGCGGCAGAUGAUCCGCUUCGGUCACCGGAGUAUUUUGGCCUCUCACUCCUCAUUCGGUGUAAGCAAGCUCAAGUACCCGCUGCACACAGUUCUUGUAUUCGAUUCAAGACAGCAAGCUUUGCCUGUUGCGUGGGUUAUAACUCGAUCAGUUACCGAGCAGGACACUUUGAGAUGGAUGAAAGCACUAACUAGUAGAAUACAUUCUGUUGAUUCGACCUGGAGAAUUGGCGGGUUUGUGAUUGACGACCCAACCUCACAGCUGGAGCCAAUCAGGGAUGUAUUCUCCUGCCCAGUAUUGUUUUCUUUAUGGCGCAUAAGGAGAACCUGGCAUAAAAAUAUAAUCAAGAAAUGCAGCAACAUUGAGGUGCAACGAGAAAUUUUUACACAACUGGGAAAAUUUAUGCAUAGCAUCUGGAGCGAGAAAAAUCCCAUGGAUGCCCUGCAGCAAUUGUUUCAAGACUUUGUUGACCAAACCACCUUCAUACGGUAUUUCAAGUCAUUUUGGGUUCCCAAAUUGGAGAUGUGGAUAGAUACCAUCAGAACUUUGCCGCUAGCAUGUCAGGAAUCCUGUUGUGCAAUAGAGUGUUACCAUCUAAAGCUAAAACUUAAAGCAUAUGAUGAUUCGCAACUUGAUGCUCUCCAACGUGUGGACUGGUUGGUGCACAAGCUCACAACAGAGCUGCAUUCAGGCUACUGGCUCAACCUAUAUGCAGAUGAGAGCGGUUCAUUUCCUCAGGUGAAAGCAGAGUACAUUGCAUCCACUUCAUGGCAAAGGGCGAUGCAGAUACCUGAUAAGGAUGUUUUCUUUGAUGACAAAGAACCUCUUUCAGCCAAGGUGGCUAGACAGAAGGAUGCUAGUCAAAAGCGCACUGUAUGGAAUGCCGGGUCUGAAUUCUCUCUGUGCAGUUGUUCAUGGUCAAUGCAGGGUAACCUAUGUAAGCACAUCAUAAAGCUUAACAUGGUGUAUGCACCACGGAAGGAUUUCCAGCCCUCGCUAUCAUUUCAGUCGUUUCAGCGCAUCUUACUUGAUCUGUGGCAAAAACCGCUGGAUGAUUCAUUCUCACUUGAUCUGUCGGUAGCAUGGGUUAUGCAAAUGCAGGAGAGGAUCCAAAAAGUGGCCGAGCUUGCUACAUCUGAUGGUAUUGCCCAAGUUGCAGGCAAAUUGCCAAUUCAGUGGACUAACAAGAGAGGGAGAAGAACAUCUGCUAGACGAACCAGCGCCAUACGUGUUCUUCCUCAUUCAAUUGGCAGUAUACAAAGAGAUUUGACUCCAGAGAAGAACAAAAAGAGGAAAAGGUUGUCCACCUUUUCAGGCUAA